UAAGAAGAAAAUGAGUUAAAAUGUAGUCCCAAAACACCUACAGAUCUACAGAACCACUCGAUUCAUCCAAACGGAACGGAACGUAAUCCGGAAUCGACUCAAUACUCAGUCACUCUUUUUUUCGUUAAAAAAUAACUUUUAAGAAAAAUAUAUAUAUUUUGUUUGCUUUUGACUUAAAAAGUUUGUUCCCAACUGUUUGGCUAUAAUAGAGUACAUACGACACGAAAACAAUCUACGAACCAAUUACUCCGCGGCCUUCAAGUCAACUGUCAAACCGAUCGACGUAUAGCAGUGCCAGUGGUUUGUCUUCGCUGUAUUCAUCCGGAUAUUAUCCACCGAACAGUCGCUCUCGAUCUGCUGUUUCAGCCAAUCCUUUGAGCAGAACUACAAUCGGAAAGGAGGCCGAAGUCGACCAUUUGACUGAUUUAUUAGUCAAAAGUAUGGAGAACUCUUCAGAUCCUGACUUUUUUGGUAUGUGCCAUAAAUGUGGAGAAAAAGUUUUGGGCGAAGGCAGUGGCUGUACGGCAAUGGAAAAAGUAUAUCACAUUCAGUGCUUCACAUGUCAUAUCUGUCACACUGAAUUGAGAGGCAAACCAUUCUAUGCAAUGGACGGAAAGCCUUAUUGCGAAGAAGACUAUUUGAAUACGUUAGAGAAGUGUUGUGUUUGCGAGAAACCAAUUCUGGAUCGUAUACUUCGCGCCACUGGGAAGCCAUACCAUCCAAACUGCUUCAUGUGUGUUGUUUGUGGCAAAUGUUUAGAUGGGGUCCCAUUCACUGUCGACGCGACGAAUCAAAUUCAUUGUAUCGACGAUUUCCAUAAAAAGUUUGCUCCGCGUUGUUGUGUUUGCAAAGAACCCAUUGUUCCCGAAUCGGGAAAGACUGAAACGGUUAGAGUGGUUGCGUUGGACCGCAGUUUUCACGUCAACUGUUAUAAAUGUGAAGAUUGCGAUUUGUUGUUGUCAUCGGAAGCUGAAGGUCGCGGAUGUUUCCCACUCGACGACCACAUCCUAUGCCGAAGUUGUAACGCGAAGAGAGUUCAAGAGAUAACAGCGCCAUAAAUGGACACCAAUAUCAAUGUCUAUUCACAACAAUAGCAAUGGCGACGAAAACUUAAUAUUUAGUGAUUGACUUAAAUCAUGGCUUUGUUUUCAGAAGUUUGCAAAAACAUUCAUAUUAUAUAAUUGAGUGCUUCGUAUGUCAACAAUAUAUGCAAUAUUUGUCACAUAAUUAUCUCAUAAAACGCACUGCAGUUUUAAAUCACUAUUGAAUUCAUAAUGAUUUGAAUUACAGUUUUACCCGU